AUGUCUGUGGCAGCAAAACCGUUCAAAACCCCCUAUCCGGUCAUUGACACCGACCCCCAUUUCAAGCGUGUUGUCGGAUACAUGCGUCCCUCCGACUACGCUUUCAUUGUUGGUGGAUAUACGGCUUUCCCCGGUGCGAUUUUGCUUUGGGAGAGAAUCGUCCCAGGCAAAUACCCACCAGGUGGCCGUGACGCUACUCUGCGUCUCUGCUGCUUUUUGGGUCUUACGGGUGGUUUCCUCGCCGCUUACCUCCGAUCAUCGCAAAGAUUCUGGGGAACUAGAGAAAACGCACAAGAAGACGAGAAGGACAGGAUGGAAAUGGCCGAGAAGAUCGAGAAGGGCGAGCCUCUGUACGGCGUUUCAACGUUGUCUGAGUACUCCCAGGGCGUGGCCGCUCGCAACAGCAGAUAUUCCGCGUGGAAGAUGGCUUCGGUUCCUUGGUUCAACUUUGUCAACCACAACCAGCACGGUGUCGACGUGAAGGAGCGCUACGGUUACGAUGAGGCUGCCGCACAGGCGGCGAGGGAAGCGAAGGAAGCCGAGUUGGCUUAA